AUGUGUUAAGUGUUUAACUAGUUUUAUUAAAAUUAAAAUUAAUUAUUAAUCAAAUUGGUUGAUUUAUUAACAAUUGAUGUUCUAAUUAUAAUAUAAACCACACCAUUGAGUGUUGGUUGAUAUUAUGUAUUCGUCAAGCGAAGAAGAUUCACCUUCAAAUCCUAUUGGAAUAUUAGUAUCACAUAGACAACUUGAAGGCUGGUUAUCACAAGCAAAUCCAAUUCCUUCUCCAUCUGAAUUGUAUACUUUUCGCUGUCCGUACACUUUACGCAAGACUGAACAGUUUCGAUUUAUGAAUCAACUUUGGACUAUAGGUGAUAUCGUAUCUUUGAGUGGAUCAAAAUCAAACAAAAUCUUUUAUGCACAAAUUAUUAAGUUACAUGAAAAUGAAUUAUGUGAAAAACGAGCAAAAAUCAUGUGGUUGGCACCUAAAGCAAACAUUGGAGUCACCGAUGAAUCAAAAAAGGAGUGUUCCAAACCUAUUUGAGUAUAAAAAACACAUUGGUACUGAUUACCUGGUUAAUACACAUAUUGUAUCACAUGCAGAAAGAUAUGCAGAAUCUGAUGAAGACGACGGACCUAAGUCCAAAAGCAAAGUGAGGCGGCUACUUAACAAGUGAAUAAAAUAAUUAUAUUAAUUAUUUUAUAAUAUACCUAUUGUAAUUUGUAAGCCAAAAUUAUCAUUGAUGAUGUGUUCCUAUCUUGGAUGAAACAAUAAAAUGUCUUAUUAAUAUACAAUUAAUGUAGGUACGUAAUUGUAAUAAAACCAUGUUUGUUUCAAAUGUAAUUCACACUAUUAUCUAUUUAUGAAUUUCUAAAACAUAUUUUAUAAUUUGUUAAAAAUUAGCUAUGUUAAAACAUAAUUUUAAGAAAUCAUUGUAUAUUUAUUUUUAGUACUUUGCAUAUGUAUUCGGUAAAUCUGUAGUAUUAUUUUUCGUAUCUUUGUCAUUUGUAUAGAAAUUUAAUAAAUAUAGAAAUAAAUAAAUGUACAUUAUGAUAUUAAUAUUUAAGUCAGGUUAGGUUAGGUUAAAAUAUUAUGCAUAGUUAUGCAUAAAUAGAUUCAGCUUUCAUACUAUUAUAUUAAGUAUACCGUAUACUUACUGUCUUACUAAUAUUAUGAAAAAUAAAAUAUUUUGAUUACAUAUAUAAAUAUAAUUAUUAAAUCUUAAGUGAUACCUAAGUUUUAAAGUAUUCUUUUUAUUAAUUUUACCAAUAUGUACAUACAUAUAUACUACAUUAUAAAGUAUCAAUAUAAUAUAAUAAUUCACACUCUUAUAUGUUCUAAUCUCAAACUUGUUGAAUAAUAUUUUUAUUAUGAUUUUAUUCUCUUAAUUUUGCCAACUGGUAUAACCGCGGUCACCGCUAUUCCUGAAGCUACCUAAAUAUUUUAAUGUCAUAUGCUCUAUUUCUCAAUUUACUUCUCUAAUUGCUGUAUAUAAUAUUGUUUUUUUAAUAAAUUAUAAAUACAUAAAUGUAAU